AUGGAGUCAAAUGAUGUUCGUGCCCUCGGAAUAUGUGGGAUGGGUGGAGUUGGGAAAACUACAACAGCCAAGGCUUUCUACAACAAGUACUCCCACAUAUUUGAUGUAAGUUGUUUUAUGGAAAAUGUAAAACAAUAUUCACAAGGAGAUAGUCCUUUACUUCCUUUACUUCAGCACCUCUUGACAGAGCUUCUCAGAGCCAAGGAUUUUGAGGUCCGUGAUGUUGAAAGUGCACUGAGAAAAUUGGGAGAAAUUCUUAGUUAUAAGAAAGCUCUCGUUGUUUUCGAGGAUUUGGACCACUCAAGCUACUCAGACUUGCUAGUAAGAAUUUGCAAGUUGUUUUCAGAUGGUAGCAGAAUAAUAAUUACGGCAAGAGAUUUAAACCUGCCAAAUCAACUGAAAGUAGAAAUGUCAAAAGUAGAUACAUAUAUGGUGAAGCAUCUGAAUGAAAUCAAUUCGCUGGAGCUGUUUAGCUAUCAUGCCUUUAAAAAAUCAAAGCCUCCUGGAAAUUACAUAGCUCUGUCAAAAAGUUUUAUAACAUAUGCGGGAGGCCUUCCACUAGCUCUAAAGGUGUUGGGUUCAUCUUUGUGCGGUAGAACAGAUCUGUCAAUCUGGAAAGCUAAAUUGGAAAAGGUUAAGAAAAUUCCACUGAAAGAUAUCCAAAAAAUUCUUGAACUGAGUUACGAUGAAUUAGAAGAUGACACGGAGAAAGCUAUUUUCCGUUAUAUUGUGUUCUUCUUCGUGGGUAAGAACAUAACUGAGGCUGUUGAUGUAUUCAAAUCAUGUGAUCUUUUUCCGGAGGCCGGGAUACCUAUACUAGUUGAAAGAUGUCUACUUACCAUUGAUUUGGCUAAUAGACUUCAAAUGCAUAAUCUUAUUCAAGAUAUGGGAAGGAAUGUCAUUCAUGAAGAAUCCAAACAUGCUCGAUUUAGGCGUUUGUACUUGGAUCAGGAAGAAGCAUCUCCGGCUCUGCCAAAUCUGGGGACUCCAUAUGAUGAAUACAACUGCUGCGGGAGAGAUAGGGCAGCAGUGGUGGCCGAAGAGGACGGCGUAGCUGUUCCGGUAUCAGAAUGGGAUCUGUGA